UGAUCAUUUAAAUAUGUGUUUUUACUUAUAAUGAAGAAAUAAUUAUUUAAUUAAAAAAAAAAAUAUAUAUAUAUAUGUUUAAUAAAACUAAUUAUAUUUCUAUUUCUAAGUAUAAUAAUUGUUAUAAAGUAAUAUGGGAUUUUUGCAGUGUAAACUACAACAUAUUAUGCAUCAAAAUAUUAAAAGAAUGUGAUUGUUAAUUGAAAACCAUUAAUAGUGAUCCUAAACGUUAGUUAAGCGACUUCAGUGAUGACAAACAAUACAUAAAGAAAUACAGGAAACACGACCAAAACAGGUUAGUGUCUCCUAGUUUUUCAAGCUACAGUUGUAAUUUAAAAUGAGACCUGAUUCUAAAAAAUAAACAUAAUUCAUCCAUCUUUAAGCACAAAUAAUUCUGGACCAUCUAAUCCAAUGCUGUGUUGGGUGCAAAGCAAAUUGUGUUUAAUAUCUGACUCUGCAUUAAACCCUAAAUGCGCAACACAGUUUUGUAAUUAAAAACAACAGAACUAUUAAAAUGUUCACCCGAAAAUAAGCAAUUAUAAACUUGUUUAAUUAAUUUAGUCUUCAUAAAAUAAAAUAAUAAAAAGAAACAUUACAAGUAUGAAAAUAAUGUGGCCAUUUAAGAUUUUGUUUAAAUACAAAGUGUUUUUUUUUUCAGUGUGGGACGUAUAAUGCUAUAUUUUUCGAAACCCUGCUACUUACACUUUGAAGUUUCUUUUAGUAUUUCGGUACAUUCUAAAGCAGUACACUCAGAACUAUUUUAUGGAACUACAAUGUAAUUAUAUGAUUUUUUUUUAGGGUUCCUUUUGGAUUUGUGAUGCAGUGUGGUUGUGGAAAAGAGACAGUGGGACCAGUUGCUAAUCCAUACUGGAUGAGAGGUGUCGCUUUCCCAGAGUGGGCCUACAAACCCGAUUGGUCGCCAGGCUCCAGGCAAAUCCAGCUCUGGCACUUCAUCCUGGAACUCCUGCAGCGUGAGGAUCUGAGCGCUGUGAUUGGCUGGCAGGGGGAGUGGGGGGAGUUUGUGAUUCGAGAGCCAGAGGAAGUCGCCAGACUGUGGGGAGCUCGUAAGGGCAAGCCACACAUGAAUUAUGACAAACUCAGCAGAGCACUGAGGUACUACUAUAACAAGCAGAUUCUUCACAAGACCAAAGGCAAGCGCUUCACCUACAAGUUCAACUUCACUAAACUGAUCCUGGUCAAUUACCCAGGAUGGGAUUUCAACUCAGCCUCAAGGAUCAUUGGGACCAACCCCUACCAGAUACAGUCCUCUCUGCAGAGUCAGUUUUUACAGGACAUACUUUUUGCUCAGAGGGCUUUGCUUGACCAGAUCAGUCGACAGACGACAGGCGGAGACACCAGCUCAUCUGUUGAAAGAGCCCCAAAGAAGGCCAUUCUGGGCAGAGCGCUACAUUCUAGUCAUCAGCCCUCCUUUCUUCGCCCUUGCUGUCUCCCGACACCCCUGCCCCUUUCACAAGCCCCUCCCCUCGGAGGGCGGAUCCCCUAUCUACCAGUCCCCACCCACUCUGGAAUGAGCCUAUCAGAUUUCCCCUUGUACCUGCCACCAAUCAAUCACUUGCAUCCACCCACUUCCAUCCCUUCUGGCCACUGGCUGGCCAAUAGGAGCAAUCGGGGGCAGGAUAGACAGGAGACGGGCGUGCCUGUGGUCACACGAGAGGCGGGGAGUGACAUCACAAAAGGGAAGGAACGUGUAUGGAGACCUGGAUUUUCAGCCAGUGUUUGAUCAAAAUGGGAUGGGAAGUGUAACAAAGCUCAUAUAUGUACCUAAUGUUGAUCAAAUGCUGUGUAUAUAAAAUGCAACAGAUUAAUCACUGUCUGCUUAAAAUAUAUUUUGGUUGUAACGUUUACGAACAGUAAUUAAUGGGAGUAGUCAAAGGCAUUAGUCCAGGGGUUCUCAAACUUGAUCCUGGGGACCCCCUGUGUCUGCUGGUUUUCAUUCCAACUAAGAUCUCAAUUACUUAACUAGACCCUUAAUUGUACUAAUAAUUUGCUUAAUUAGACUUUUUACUUUUUUAUUUCAAGAUAGCGAUAACAUUUUAUAAGUAACUUGAACUCUGCAACUGUUUAAGAGCUGAAAAACAUCUAAUUAAGGUCUAAUUAAGCAAAUUAUCAUUUCAAUUAAGGGUAUAGUUAAGUAAUUGAGAGCUCAGUUGGAAUGAAAACCAGCAGACACAUGGGGGUCCCCAGGACCCAGUUUGAGAAGCCCUGCAUUAGUCAAUGUGAUCAUGAAGUCCUUGUACUAAUGACUGUGUACACACCAAACACAAAAUGUAU